UUUCCAGCGCUGCGCAGUAGUGUAUUCACGCUGCUUUUACGAUCGCAAUGCACUCAUGAGAAGUGGACAUCAACAUGGCUGAUGAUAAACCGAAGAAGCUACCAUGGGGCCUGAAACCCGAGUCGCUGGCACCAAGUUCCAUGAAGGGUCUUCCAGAGUCAAAGCUUAAAGCUUUUCAAAUGGGGCGCAACCCAUUAAAAGGAAAAGCCCCAUCAAAGUUAAAAGAAGAAGAGAAAAAGAAGGCUGAAGAAGCAGCUACAGCAGAGGUAUAUGCAGAAUACAUUGAAAGUUUUCAAGAAUCUGCAUCUGUUGGGAAAACCUUUGUUAGAGCAAACAUCAUAAAUGCAGAUGAAGAAAUAAAUGAGAAAACCAACCACAAAUAUCACAAAAACACUUCAAAAUUGGCAGAGCUUGCUGAAGAAUUCAAGAAGCACAAGGACCAAUCAGUAGCACAAAAAGUGGAUUUAAAAAAGAAAAAAGAAAAAGAGAAAAAGAAGAGUAAUUUAGAGCUAUUCAAAGAAGAACUUGAAAGAUCUCAGAAAGAAAGAGAAAUAAGACACAAAAUCAAGAAAGGGGAGUUUUCUGGAAUCCCAGAUGAUGUUCUCAAAAAUCUGCCAACAAGUUUUUUCAAGACUGGUUCAACAAGCAGUGGGUGCGGUGGAAGCAGAGGUGACUGGCCCCCACCAAAGUUUGAUGAUGACAAUGAUACCCAGUCUGGCUCAAUGGACAAUGGAGAUCCAAACACCACAAAUCUUUACAUUGGCAAUAUUAAUCCAAAGAUGACUGAAGAACAGUUGUGUAAACUUUUUGGGCAAUAUGGACCUUUAGCAAGUGUAAAAAUUAUGUGGCCAAGGACUGAUGAAGAGAAAGCAAGGAAUCGAAAUUGCGGUUUUGUUGCUUACAUGAACCGAGGAGAUGGGGAAAAAGCACUGAGAGAUUUAAUGGGUAAAGAUAUAAUGGGGUUUGACAUGCGGCUGGGAUGGGGAAAGAGUGUUCCAAUCCCCCCACAGCCAAUAUAUGUACCCCCAGAAAUGAUCGAGGCGCAAAAGCCCCCACCUCCAUCAGGGUUACCUUUCAACGCACAGUUGUCCGCAAAGCUUGGAAGAGACGGAAAGCAAUUUGAUGGUAAAUUAGAGAAUACCAUUGUCAAGGUUGUUAUCCCGAUGGAAAGGAGUCAGCUGGCCGUCAUUCACAGAAUGGUGGAGUUUGUAGCGCGAGAAGGUCCUAUGUUUGAAGCAAUGAUUAUGAACAAGGAACUAAACAAUCCAAUGUUCAGAUUUUUGUUUGAUAACAAAGGCCACGAGCAUAUAUACUACAGAUGGCGGCUGUUUUCUAUUCUUCAAGGAGAUACACCGCAAAAGUGGUCCCAGGUGGAAUUCAGAAUGUUCGAUGGGGGUUCGAUCUGGAGGCCCCCUCCAAUGAACCCUUACGCUGUGUCAACAGUGUCACAAACAUCCCAGGCAUUGGCAGCGGUAUCGUCAGCAAUUGUGGCUUCCAAUAUUAUUUUACCCAAGCAAGAAAAAACAGAGCCAGCACAAGAGAUAACGAAAAAACAAUUACUAACUGACAGCCAAAGAGACAAACUCGAAGACCUUUUAAGAACAGUCACAUCAGACCGACGAAAAGUUGGAGAACUGAUGGUCUGGUCUUUGGAUCACGCUGAUUUUGCAGAUGAAAUCGUUGAGUGCAUCACUGAAUCGCUUUCUUUACUCGAGACGCCAAUUCCGACCAAGAUUGCGCGGUUGUAUGUUGUGAGCGAUAUUUUGCAUAACUCGAGUGCUAAAAUUCACCACGCAUCACAUUUUAGACGGGGGUUUGAAAAUAAACUUUCUGAAGUCAUGGAGCAUCUCAGAUCAGCACUUGUAUCAGCAUCAAGUAAAUCAACUGCGGAAAAGUUUAGAAAACAAGUUUUGUCUUGCUUGGCUGCUUGGCAGGAUUGGUCGUUGUACCCCCCUGGUUUUCUAAUCAAACUUCAAAAUACAUUUGUCGGGCUCUCCGAUAAAAAGAAAGAUGAAAUCGAUGGUUUUCCGUUGGCAAAAGACCAAGACAUAGAUGGUCACCCUGUGGGUAAAGAUGACGUUGAUGGUAUCCCUAUAGAUGAUCAAGACAACAACCUAGAUGGGUUUCCCCUUUCAAAAGGUGCCGAAGUAGACAUCGAUGGCAUCCCCUUUGGUGGUGACAUCGAUGGGGCCCCAAUUGAAGACAUCAAAAAGCAAUCUACCGGCAAAAUGAAAGCCUCAAGAUGGGAACCUGUUGACCCAGAUUCUCCAUUAAGAAAGUCAAAGUGGGCAAAAGAGGAGAGCGACGAUCCAGAUAUGCCGAAAUCGAAAUGGGAACGCGAAGAUGAUGGUGGAAGUAAAAACAAAUGGAAUGUGGAGGACAGUGCCAAUUCAAAAUGGCAGAGGGUUACAGGUUCUCCAAAAGAGAGGCAUUCUAAUGAGGAUUCCCGCUCCUCGGCACACGACUCGCCUGCCGUACACGUUGGUGAGGUUGAUGAGCCACGGAGGAAACUACUCCGUGAAGUCGAAUUAAAAGUUAUGAGGUAUGCCGACAAACUAGAAGCAAACGGAAUGUCAAAGUCGUCUUCCUCAUUUCAAUAUCAGUUAGAAAAAUACAGACAAGGUCUUAUUGAGGAACACGAAAAAGAAAGGCGAAAGCGGGGAAAAGAUCGAAAACGGGAUCGAAGUCUCUCUUCGUCUCCAAAUGCAACACCUAUUCGAAAUGCUCAGAGUCCGAGAAAAAAGCGAAGUCACCGGAGCAGAUCAAGAUCAAGAUCGAUAAGUGACGAGUCAUCCGAAGAUGAGCGUGAUGUUUCAAGGUCAAGUCGCAAACAUAAAUCCAAGAGGUCUCGGUCCGGAUCUACGUCACCGACAACACCAAAAAGGAGCAGCAGCAGUAAAAAGAAAAGGAAGAAGAGUAAAAAAUGAGCGUUGCUGUCAGUUUUUUACACCCUGAAAUCGCGCUUCUUCCGGACUUCGUUUGAGGUUGACGGUCGAUGAUGUAAAUAUCUGUCCCCUCGAACAAUCUCCAUGAGGCCUAAGCUUCAUCUGCAACGAUCGAGUUAAUUCCUAGGGAGACCUCGGGCACUGAGCUCAAGAGAAUUCAUGUAUUAUUUUCUGUAGUGAUUAUUGUAUGUGAAAACCUAGAACGAACUUGGUGGCAUAAUUCUAUGCAAAACAGAACAUAUCAUACAAAUGAUAUCUUUCCUGAGCAUGUACUUUUGUUAAAGAUGUUCUGCAAAUACUUCUCCUUGAUCAGAUUUUAUUUAAAAACGAAAAAAUUGUUAUUGAUUCUACAUAACUUCACUAGCAGUGGACUUUAUUAACUUUUGAAGGUUAUUGGUUUGAUCUCAAGUUCUCUUUAAAAAAAUCAAGUAUCAAGAUGGCCUUAUUUUUUCCAGUAACACGAGUUCAAUUUCAAGAUUUAUAAUGUUGUAUUAUUGCUAAAUCAGAUGGAACUUAAAAGAAAACAUA